UUUUUCUCUUUCUUUUUCGCUCUGGACAAUUGGUUCCAUCGCUCUAGAACACACUCUCUUUCUCUUUGCUCUUCUUUCCUUCUCACCAUUCUUAUUAUCAUCCAAAAUGGGAGCAGGAUACAUCAUGAUGGUCAUACUGUUGGUGAUCUGUACGAUCACAACAACAACUACUAUUGUUGUUGUUGUUGCAGAUCCACUUCCUCAUCUACUGAUGAAGGAACAGCGACAGCCACAACAGCUACAGCAACAGCAGCAGCAUCAAUAUAGGCAACAGCAACAACAACAGCAACAUCAACAACAGCAUCAUCAACAACAGCAUCAACAGCAACGAGAACAGGAUGCAAACUCUUUUUCUAGUUCAUAUGCAUUUUGUUCAAAAGGACAUAAAGACUGUCUACAUCAUCUACGUGAGGAACAUCGUGUGGUAGGAUCCGCUUUACCGUGGGAAAAUGGACAUGAACCCAUUGAAGAGAGCUUUGCAGGACAUUUCCCAAUCCGCUCUUGGAAACAAAAUGGAUACCAUGGUGAGACGAGCAUGUUUUAUUGGUAUUUCCCUGCUGCCAAACCCAAGACGAAAGAUCCCCCGUUGGUCCUCUGGCUCCAAGGUGGUCCCGGAAGUAGCUCGAUGAUCGGACUCUUUUAUGAGAAUGGACCUCUUCGCGUGAACAACAGAUUGAAACUGGAGCGAAAGCCUCAUAGUUGGUCAGAUGAAUAUUCAGUCCUUUUCAUCGAUCAACCUGUCGGCACUGGAUAUUCCUAUAUCCUGAACGAUCUUGAGCAGGAGCUCCAUCAGGACCAAACUAUUGAACAACAACUAUUUGAAUCCUUAUCAACACCAACAUCAUCAGCAAAAACUUUUGAACAUAAAUGCGCAGCCAGUCGACAGAACAGAAUCAAAUCUCAAGCAUCAUCCUAUUUAAACGGUUAUGUCAAAGAUGAACGUGGGGUCGCUGCAGAUUUGAUCAUCUUUCUGGAUCAAUUUUAUCAACGUUACCCCGAAGUUCAAAACAAAGAUCUCUAUUUGACUGGUGAGAGCUAUGCUGGCAAAUAUAUCCCUGCACUAGCCUAUGGGAUCAUGGAAAGCAACAAGGAUCGGAGUAAAGACAAGAGGAACAGGGACAGUAAAUGUAAACAGAUUCUAUUCCCUCUCAAGGGUAUUGCACUCGGAAACAGUCUGACAGAUCCUAUCAGUCAAGUUCAGGUCCAUGCAGAUCAUGCCUAUUAUAUGGGUCUCAUUACAAAGAAACAGGCUGACAAGAUGAGAUCUCUUCAGGAUCAAUCCGUCCUUGCAGCUAAACAAGGUCGAUUUUUGGAUUCCAAUCAACAUCGUCUUCAUGUAUUUGAUCUCUUCAGAAACGCAACAGGUGGUUUAAAUAUGUAUGAUAUUCGCAAGGGCUCUGUUCCCAACAAUUGGUCUGUGAUGGAAAGCUUUAUGAAUCUGCCCUCUGUAAAGGAUACUUUGAAUGUCUUUGGGCGUGCCAAAACUCUGUUCUUCAAGGACCCGUUGGUCUAUGGUACUCUGCUAGGGGAUAUUAUGAAGAGUGCUGCUUGGAUGGUAUCAGAACUGUUACAGCAAGGGAUCAGAGUCCUGGCUUACCAGGGCAUCUUCGAUUACAGAGAUGCUGUUACAGGUUCCACCUCUUGGAUCGAGCAUCUGGACUGGCCUGGUCACGAGGCCUUCCUGAAGGAGGACAGAAAAAUAUGGUUGAAUAAUGGGACGUUGGCAGGGUAUGUGACUGAGGUACCGGGCUUGGCCUGGGUAGUCAUCCUUGGGGCUGGCCAUUUGGUUCCCAUGGACCAAGGCGCCAACAGUCUGGCGAUGCUCAAGAGUUGGAUUGAUGGGUCUAGCAUGCACAGCAUACCACUACAAGAAGGUUAUGUUGUACCUACAAUUAAGAAAAUAGAGGAGCAAAGUUCAUUCUUUCCUUAA